CUUACGCCAAUGCAACAUGACCAUAUCCCAUUACCCUCCGAAGAAGCCCCAGCGAAUCCUGGGCGCAGCGGAUCAACCGCUCGUGUGGAUCGAUUGCGAGAUGACGGGCCUAGAUUUAAGAUCGGAUCGGCUGCUGGAGGUUGCCGUCAUCGUGACUGAUGGGGAUCUCAACACCGUAGACGAAGGGGUGUCAUAUGUCAUUAGGACUCAGCCUGAGGUUUUGGAUCGAAUGAACCCAUGGUGUGUUGGUCAACAUGAGAAAUCAGGCCUGACUGCGGAGUGCAAAGACCCGGCCAAGUCCCUCCCGUUGGAUGAUGUACGCAAAGCGAUUUACGCCUACAUUACGUCAAGAGUGGAUACCAAAGGCAUUGCGCAUUUGGCUGGUAAUAGUGUACACAUGGACAAAUGCUUUCUGAGAAACGAGAUCCCUGAGCUCAUCGACUACCUCCACUACCGCAUAGUGGAUGUUUCAACGAUCAAAGAGCUGGUCAAGCGAUGGCACGGUAGGGAAUGGAAGCAGGGGAAAGGAUUGCAUAGGGCAUUGGAUGAUAUACGAGGAUCUAUAGACGAGCUGCGCUGGUAUCGCAGCAACUUUUUCGCGAAUGCAAGUCCUUGAGACACACCACUGUGGUCAAUGUUGUGCAACAAGAAAGAUACAUGCAAAGUCUUCUAGAAGCGUUUUGCCUGUAAAGAGUGUGACAAGCGAGGCUCAGCGUUGCGC